AUGAAGGAGGAAGAGGAGCAUGAAAGGAUCAAUCAGGAGAUUCGAGACGAACACACGCGAAGUGCGCGGGUGGCCGAGAAGAGGAAGGAGCUCUCUAUGAAGGCCUCUGCCAUUGAGGAGUGGCAGCAGCAUGAAACGGAGCGCACCAAGCAGAAAAAGGAGCAAGCCGGGAAGAAAAAUAAGGAGGUCUUUGAGCAGUUGUAUACCUUGGGGUAUACGGAGAAAGAAGUCGAGAAGAUACUACUCCACAGAAAACGUAAUGGACAAGAAGGAGAAGAAAAGCACAAGGAGCAUGCAAUGGAAGGGAAAAAGACAACUUGGAUCAAGCGUGACACCGACUACAUCAUUAUCAAGCAAUGGGUCGACGAGGACUUGCAAGAAGAUAUAUUUGCCCACACCCGUCGCGUAAUCAAGGGCAAGCUCGACGGCCAGACUUCCAGGCCAACCACCGGACGCAAGUUCGAUGACCGGAUGUAUCUCGUGCGGAAAAAGAGCCCUAACCGUGAAAGGUUACUCGAAACCUUGGAAGAUCAUAGGUGA